AUGAUACUUGAUGCAAGAGCACGAUUUGAAGUAAUAUUUCCUCCCUGCAGCAAAAGUGCCAAUAUAAAAACUUCAAAGAAAUUAUGUAUCGAAGCAAUUGAUGUAAAAAGUUUUCCCAAAUCAAAAAAAAUUAAG